AAUAGAUCAGAAAAAAUCCACGUCCUAAGACUACAAUAAUUAGUUAAAAACAGGUAAAACUACAAAUUAUUAGGUCGACUCGGGUAUCGGACCUCACCUCGACAUCGGCUGAGAAUGGAUUCGUCCGGCGCGCUUUUGCUAGCUCGAAAAACGACAACGACAAAGCAAGAAAGCAAGCGUUGGUUAACAGCUGUGAAGUGAGAUUAUACGUAGGACGGUUCAGUUUGCGGAUCGGUCGAUUUUUGACGUAUAUUACAUACAACAGCUUCUUGUCCGGAUUUAAUACAUGUGAAUAAAAUUAUCAGUAUCGCAAAUUGAUCAAUUGUCCUAGUAGUUCCAUUCAGUUCGCUUGUUUUUUGUGUAUUUGCACGUGUUAUCUGAAUCAGUAAUAUCUCUGGAAACGUGUGAUUUUACUGUUACAAAUGGCUGGUAACUGAAAGCCCUUACUUCUCCUAAGACAAUGAGUAACGAAAAAUAUGGAACUAUUUCGCCGGCCGAAAAAAGCCGGUAACACAAGAUGGUCGCUGCUGUUUGUAUUAUUUGUUGGGAUAUCGGCAGCGCACACAAGGCACGGAGAUGGAGUGAUAACUCAACGCAUUUCGAGAAAUACUUCUUCGAACAACUGCGUUCGUGUCAGAAGCAACAUUUUGCAAUGUCGCAACAGAACGGUAGAAAAUCUUCUUAUACCCGCAGAUGUCAUCCAUCUGGACCUGGAGUAUGUUACAGGUGGAAGUCUGGACGUAAAAAACAUUCACCAGCUAAAAUGGUUACACAGCUCUAUACGUGUCAUCAACGAUGCGAUAGUCAAUCCGCAAAAUUUACAAAUAUUAGAUCUGUCUUUCAAUAAUCUUACAGUUUUAGAUGAUUACCAAUUUCGCAAUUACACCAAUUUAGUCAAAGUUAAUAUAUCUUUUAAUGUCAUCGAUGAUCUUCCCAGAGACGUUUUUAAGUCGCAUACCAGUACGGAAGUGUUAUGUCUGAACCAUAACAAUCUUAAAGCAAUACCUUUUCAAGUCUUUUCGCCUUUGGAAGGACUAAGGGAAUUAGAUUUAUCACACAAUAAACUCGUCACGUUCCUAGAUCACUUUUUCAAAUUCAACAAAUACAUCGAAGUGUUGCUACUCAACAACAAUAAUCUCACGAAAAUCACUUCUAAUAGUUUAGCUGAUUUGACUGAUCUCAAGAGACUCGAUCUAUCUACUAAUUCCCUACAAUUCAUCGCCAAAGGUUUGUUCGACUCGCUUUCCAAUUUACAGUACUUAAAUCUAGCGAAUAAUCCGUUGACGAACAUGGCGAGCGGUACUUUCCGAGGUUUGCGCAACUUGAGAAUCUUGGAUCUGAGCCACAACAAACUUUCUCAAUUAACCUUUGGUCUGUUACAUUUUAGUCCUUUGUUGACUUCGAUUACAUUGGACAACACCUUGAUUGAAAAAAUACACAAUACCGAGCUGUUGGGAGUACCCAAACUGAAUGUACUGAAUUUAAGACGAAAUAAGAAACUUAAAAUUAUAGAGACUUACGUCUUCGCUGAUACUCCUUUUCUGAACGAACUGGAUAUCAGCGGCAACAAUUUAACGUUCCUACCGCAAUCUAUUGCGAAUCUAACUUAUUUAACUAAGCUAAAUAUUAGUAACAAUCCAUGGGCGUGCGAUUGUCGCAUGUACUGGUUUGCUAGUUGGGUACCCAACAUCAAAAUGAAGGGCAAUAUGGUCCUGUCAGACCUAACUUGUCCUGAUGCCUACACAAACGACAUGUUGCCUACUUUACAGCAUCUUAAUUGCACUUCCCCUAGAAUAGUAUAUAAAACACCCACUAGACGCUACCGACUUAACUCGGAUGCAUUACUCGAGUGUAGAUUUGCAGCUAAUCCUUCUCCUUCUAUAACGUGGGUUACGCCGAAGAGAGAAGUCUACCACUGGAAUCCGGAUCAAAGUAUUCCAGACGCCUUUAAUAAACAUCCCCACGCGCACGACCAGCUGAUGAUACCUCUAAGAGUGAUCCCUCCGCGUAUUCAAAUACUAGACAACGGAACUCUUUGGGUUAAAAACGUAACUAGAGAAGAUUGUGGAAGAUACACCUGCUACGCCAGUAAUCCGAUAGCAAAUUUAACGGAUAAUGUGUUGCUGCACAUCGAUCCCACGGAUUGGAACCACGUCAGGAUCAUUUCCUUGAUUGUGGGAACGCAAAGCGCUGCUGGAUUCCUGGGGCUGACCCUGAUCAUACAGUUCCUACGAUAUUUAGCAGCCAAGUUCGGCGUCUUCAAUAACUUCUGCAGCUUCUGCAAACGGGAUAGAGUGUCGCCAAGAGCAAGACAAAUAUACGCUAUGCUCGACAACAUUGAACAAUACAAAAGUCAACAACUCGAGAGGCUGCGAGAAAACUAUGCCCUGCAGGUGACGAGAAUAAAGGACAACUGUGCACAACAGAUGGAAUGGAUCCAAAACAGCUACCAGGCCCAGGCGAAACAUCUGAAAGACUUUCGGGACAUUGGUACCGCUCAUCUGAGCACUUUGAGAGGUCAAUAUUACGACCAAGUGAAGAAAGUAAGAGAUUACUCCACGGGUCAGCUGAAUUGGGUCAGAGAAAACUACGUCUUCCAGCGAAACAAGAUCCGCAAAUUCAGUUCUCACAAAGUCCUUCAGCUUCGAGAGACGUACAAGUAUCAACAGCAGACCCUCAACAAAGUGUUGGAGAAUCUUCCCAGCUUGUAUUUUGAAAAUUGUCGGUCGGGGACGUGCGGCAGAGCAGAAUCCCUAGUGUUCGAUCCCACCGAUGCAGAGAGCGUAGACUGCUACAUAAAAAGUAAAAUAGAAAAACUUGCUAACCUAGACGCUAGUUUAACAGACGUGACGCAGAGUAGAAUGUCUUUGUACUACACGCCUUCGGAGAGGUCGGUAAUGGACAAGUCGCCCACCGAAAUACCUUUCAUCAAUUAUAUCGAAGAACCGCCUAGAGGCUUCUUGAUGAUGGAGGAACCCACUACUUCGGUGUGCAGAAAGGUUGGUUUCGUCGAUAGCGUGCUAUCGGAUCUCAGCUACGAUGGUCUACUUAAAGACGAAGCUAAGAUGCCCGAAAUAGUGCCGAGUUCUAGUUUACCAACGAUAUCUGGAAUUUCUGCUCCACCGAAAUCGACAGUGCAACACGAGACUUCGUUAUAGAAAAUUCAAGAUAAGUGAUACGGACUAUGGUGAGGGACUACUUGAAUAUUAUAAGUAAAAAACGCUACCUUAUACUAUGUAUUUGAUCUAGAUUUAAGUAAAUAAAUAAUAUCUGUUUCUGAUGCGGAAA